CAUUGGGCCUAUCUUGGUACAGGGGACUUAGAGUUGCUGCCGAGGUGAACUCACGAGAUGCUGCUUCACUGCUUGCCCGUGGCACAUGAGGUCAGCGCGCAGCCAUCCGGUCACUCAUAUAUCAGCUCGAUGGUUCCCGGCUCACAAUCGGGGAUGAAAAAGCAUCCUCAUCCAUCAAACCUUGUCAGCACAGACUUUUCCAACGCUCUUACUUAUAUACUCCCGGGUUGGAGACCUGCUAUUGCUCGUUACCUUAUUCUCUAAUUAUCCCUCGACACCAUCACAGAUCACUCUGGCUAGUGACUUAUCAUCAAAAUGCAACUGACCAAGACUCUUCUCUUCGCCCUCGUCGGCACCGCCUUCGCCUCCCCCAUCGAGAAGCGCCAACUCUCCGUCAUCCAGGGCGCCGUCACCUCCGUCCAGGGAGCUCUCACCAAGCUCAACACCGCUGUCCAGGGCGUUGGUAACGAUGUUGCAUCCGCACAACCCAUUCUGGCUGCUUCCACUGAGGUCCAGAACACCCUGUCAAAGGCCGCCACCGAUAUCCAGGGUGCUCAGCCUCUUCAGCUCCAGGAGGCUCUCGGCCUUCAGCAGACCGCCACCGAUCUCACCUCGUCCGCAACUACCUUGAUUGACACUCUCGUCUCCAAGAAGUCCAACUUCGACCAGAUCGGUGUUUCCAGCGUCGUCCUCCAGAACCUCCAGCAACAGAAGACCGCCUCCGCCAGCCUCGGAACCGCCAUCGUCUCCAAGGUCCCCGCUAUCGGCCAGGGCAUCGCACAGCAGAGCAUUGACCAGAUCACUGCCGCCCUCGACAAGGGCAUCCAGGCCUACUCCGCUGGUGGUGCCGCUCCCGCUGGUGGUGCGUAGAGCACCCCCCCUCCGUCGCGCGCCGUCCCCCGCGCCUCCCCCGUUUCCGUCCGUCCGUCCGAGAAUAUAAACAUAAUCGAAUACUAACAAUGGUACUCUUGCUCUUCAGCCAAACCUGCAACGAACACCACCGCUCCCCCUGCUGCUGCUCCCGCUAAACCCAAGACUCCUGCUGCUG